AUGUUGUGCGGGCUGCGACGGUGCUUGCAGUCCGGCAUUACCCCGCAGCCUCGACAAACAGAAGGCAUUAAGCUAGGAAUCUAUGGAAUCUUGCUGACACAGACGCUGAAUGCAUUGGCCACCAUGGUGGUGUUACCAACCCUGCCUUUCUUCGCGAUGACGCUGGGCGCGACAGCCUUGGAGGUUUCUCUCAUGAACUCUGCAUAUAACCUGGCUCAGAUGUUCUGCUCCCCGCUCCUGGGCGCACUCUCCGACCGCUAUGGGCGGAAGCGCGUUAUGCUUGGAGGCAUCUGCAUCCAGAUGAUCUGCAACACCUUCAUG